UCCCUCUCUCUCUCCAUCUUCUGCUUCACUGAGAAAGAAAAAAUGGCUUCCGAUGAAGAAAUUCUCCAAUCGGGGAUCGAGAAGCUGAAGGAACAGCUCCACAAAUUUGGAUCCGAUUAUGGUCUCGAAGGAGCAGUUCUCUGUCAGUCGUUGAAUCAAUCAGCUACUCAAGUUGCUUUUGCCUUUCCAAGCAUUGAAAAGAAAGUGAACUAUGCCAAGAUUGUUUUGUCUGGUAAGGAAACUUAUGUGUAUGAAGCUGAUAAAGAUGAUGAGAACGACAGCAAACAAGCUACUGACAAGGAGAAUGUUGAUCUGGUUCUGAAACAAAUUGAGGAGGCCAAAUGGAUUGCAAGUGGUCUAGGGUUUGAAAAUCUGAUUGAAUACGAAAGAAGUAGAAUUCCCAAUAUGAAUCUAGCUGAACUCCGCGGUCUCCUUCGUCUACUAAGCUCACUAAUAAAAGAAGCUACAGCUGCAACUAAGAUCCGUACUGAAGAACUGAAAAGACAAACUGAAAAACUGAAAAGACAAACUGAACCCAGAAGAUGAUCUCCAAACUAGAGUUUUAAGAACCCCUCUUCACUCUCCACUGCUACUUGGUUCCACUUUUCCCCUCUUCACUCUCCAUUGUUAAACAACUUGUCACUUUAGGUUUGUACUUAUGAAUUUCUGUUGGUGAUGUUUGUAUGUGUUUCUCAGCCUCUCAAACAUUUUC